AUGUUGGGGUACGUCAUAUCGGGACUGGUAUUCUCGCAUUAUUCAGAUAAAUACGGCCGAAGGCCUAUUGUAUGGCUGGGAUUCAUAAUAGAGUUGACGGGCAUAUUGUCGUGUGCCGUCUCACCUAAUAUUUAUUUCUACUUAAUCGGCCGUUUUCUGAUGGGAAUGGUAUUAGAAUGUUGUGGACCUAAGUACAGGUCAGACAUAGCUAUUCUGAGUGGCAUGGGUUGGGUCAUGGGUUACGUUGGGAUACCAGGGCUGGCGUAUUGGCUGCAAGAUUUUAGAUACAUGCAAUUUGCGUCAUUAAUACCAUUGACUAUAAUCAAUGGACAGGUAGACAGAGCGGAAAAGACUCUGAGAAAUGCGUUGAAAAUGAAUGGCAAGUCUGACGAUAAUCUAAAAACACAGUUGUCUGAGCUAUUUGAAUAUCUGCAAACGGACUGGUAG